GAGAGUCUAACUGUGUCCUAUCCUAAAAAUAAAGAGGAAUGUAGGUCGCAGUUGAGGAAAAGCAUAAAUUGGAGCGACUGACAGUAGUGAAAAAGUAAAGACUGCAAAAAUAUUUAAAAGGUACCUUUUUGCUUCUCCAGCACUUCUCGGUGAUUCAUGUCGACGUCCUGUAUGUGGAUCUCGUCGUCUUGUAUCGGUAUCGGUCGAACUCGCAGGUCUCCUCGUUCUCCAGAUGUGGAUUUCGUCGUCUUGUAUCGGUAUCGGUCGAACUCGAAAAGAAUGUCUUGUCAAAAACGACUACAAAUAGAGCUACGUGCGAUGUGUUCAUGGUCACUGAUGAAUGUAGAAAUAUGCGUUGUCAAUGGUGUUGAUGAAUUUAGAAAUAUGCGUAGUUGUAUCGGUUUUUACUAGUACGUCAUAAUGAUCGAAAGUGGCCAUCUCCUGCGCCCAGCAUUGCCAUCAUUUGCAUGACCAAAUCUCCUCGAUCCAAGCCACUGACCGAAAGAUUGACCAAAAAUCCCGUAGGCGAAGAAUUACAACAACACAUCAACAAGAGAACCUUUUCAGAAGAACAUAUUCAUCAUACUGCAUAUUAUAAACCGAAGAUUGAGAACAUCUAAGACAUCCGCAUUGAUGUUAUUGUCAUUCUUCGACAUAAAAGGAGUAAGGAGAACAAGAAGUGAACAACCUCCAUUUUAGAACAAUCGACAGAGAUGGACACGAUGACAAAGAUGUCCAACCGAGGAGGCGGAACGAUAUUGCGUUUUACGCUUAUUUGUAUCCCCUGUUAUUUGGAGGCUUUUUUCGUGCUUCUAGGUGGGGGAUUAUUUUUCUCCUUGGAGGCUGGAGCAAAGAAAACAAUGCAACUCUCCGACUAUACCAACUUGUUCUUCAAUGAAGACUACACCCCGAUCAUUAUGAACCUAGAAGAAGUAGCUCCUUGAUGUUUUUCUUCAAAAUGAAAAAGUAAAAGAAAUAACAUUAUCAUUAAAUGAAAUAUCUAAUAACUACGACACACACUGUCUGUCUGAGACUGAGUAAUGAGUAUUUUAAUGGGUAACAAGGACAAGGAGUAACCUUUCAACAUCCAGCAGAGGAAUAUUGCUUUUCUGUUCUACGUACUUUGUUUUUUCAGUUUAUCGCGACGGUGUUGACUCAAACUGUGAGUUUCUUCUCUAUUUUCAUGGGACAACUUUCUUGAUUCAUCAACACCAUCGUCAUCUCUAAGUACAAUUCGACAAAUUCCACGUCCUCGGUAUGGGAUGGAGGAGCGUUUGCCUCAUUCUUGAUGCAGCAACUUGGCAUGACAGCAGAUGCAGAACAAACUUUGGCGACAGAGACAGUGUGGGCAGAAAACAAGGACGUCAUCUUGUCGUUCACUGCGGAUCUUGGUGCAGGUGGGAUUUCUAGAGUUAAGGCAAGAACUAUGCUACGUACUUCUAGUAAAUGUCAAUCUGCUUGUUUAUGUGGUUGUGGACGAUUUGAGUACUUUCUUCCGAAAGUCGAUAAGUAUCUGAAAAUAUUUUGAAGACUUUGAUUUUAUCUUUAUGAAUAAGAGCACCAGAGUUUGUUACUGCAGCAACAGUUUGCAUUCGCCAUCUAUUUGGUAGUUGUUAAGUUUGCUCCCGCUAGAAAUGAUUCAUCAUUGGUCGAAGAGCGUUGCCCAGUAUUGACUACAUACGAACGCAACGUUAUACUGUUCUAGUCUGACGAAAGCGAAAUAAACACAAAGCAAAAUAAGAUUUACAUGAUGGCGCCGACCAUGAAGUAGGCGGUGAUCUUGAUCGACUUGCCGCAAGAAGGGUAGGUGUCAGCUCUAACGUAAGCAAGAAGGGUCUUGGUCGAGAAGAUACUAAGCUCCUAAGCAGAGAAGAUAUGCCUAGUUUAGGUGCUUUGUCGUACCAACAGAAGACCGUUGCAAAACGUUAUUAAGGCGAAUGGAUUAUAUGUGUAAGAGUCUAAGACUAUUUGACUCAGCGUAAUCAUGACUACGUACUUCUCGUCCUCGUAGUUUAUUAAGUAGAGAGGAUGAGAAAAAGGCUCCAUAGUAGGUUGAAAUUGUCUUUCUUUCCUUCUAAGCUGCCGACAGUAGUUCGUAUGCGAUUGUUUUCAAGCCGCCGUUUCCAGAGGUGACCAUUGCGGGCACGAUCGACUACACAGGUGUUUUCGGGAAGUAUCCGAGCUUCCAGGAUAAGCUCUUUCCGCAGCAGGAGGAGGCUGGCGCAUUUCUGCAACGGGAUUUCACUCCCAGACUCAGAGUUAAGCUCGGUUUCAUUCUGAAAUGCACGAAAAAUAUGUCAUAUUAUGAGUAGCGGAUAGCAACAAUGAGCAGAAAAAUGUUUAGCCACCUAGUAGAAUUAUUGCCGUAGGAGUACAAGUUCUUUACAGCUACAUCUACUAAUGUAUCUUUUUUACGCCAGACUAUCAAGGAGAUUUUCUACUUUCUUAUGAGUAAAUGAAGAUAAUGAUCGAUCCUUGAUUUCACUUGUCGUGCACAACUGCUUACGUAUAUCGACAUAGAACUUGCCACAGAUGUUGAUAACGCUCAUUUAUAGAAGAUGUUGAUGUACCCGGCUAAGUAGAUAACAUUGAAAGGGUAUGAAAUGAAGCUCGUGAUUAAGAUUAGUCGUUUCUCUGUUGAGUUUAUAUUUUUCGCCAACAAGAAUGAACGAGAAUGUAUGAUCAAACAAGUAGUAAAGCUUUUCUAGUUCUCUUAUGGAACUACCAUUCUGUCUUUGUCUUGAAAGGAUUAGAUUUUCUAAACACUGGUCGGUCUCUUUUAUGCAAGCCGAGAACGGGCAGCGCAGCUCAGCUCUGUCCAAGGUAUACGGGGAAGAACCGAACCCGUUUGUGACGCGGCUCACUCUUGUGGAGGUGGACAAUGCAAAGGAGAUGUUCGAAAAAGCAAAAGGCGAAUACGAAGACGCAUACAAUGGUGCAUCGGAACAGGAGAAGUCGAAGAUGAGAGAGGCUGAUCAAUGGCCAAAGACGCUCGAGGACUUCAUAAAACUGAGUGUGCAGGCGUCGAACAUCAAACACACAUGCACCUCCACGAAUCCAGAGGAUAUCGCUGAACAAAUGUUAAGGUCAGCACUACUUUUUUCGCAUCCUACUUGAUGCUCAUCGCGACUAUGUGGCUCAGUAAUAUAAUCGAUACUCUCAUCAGAAUCAGAAUCAGUUGUUGUUGUUCCCCUUUUAUUCCUAGAUAGCUCCGGCGAAGUCGUGGGACGAAGUUCCUAUGGAAUUUUUUUAUUCACGAGGAACCAAAAACAAAAUAGAAGAACUUUCAAGGUGAUGUUGCCAGACUCUUCUUUAUUAUUCCGAGGGAAUGAACGGGAUGACGACUCAAAUAAAUGAGAACUCCUUCUCACGACAUAAGAUUGCAAGUGAGCGCCUCCUUUUGGUUUUUGACAUAAUUCAUCGAUAUAAGGAAGUGCUCGCUAGGUCGCUUUUUCAGUCUUUUUCUUGAGUAAGGAUGGACUAUCUUCUAAGAUAGAGGAUCAACGGGCGCAAGCAUUUUUUCGAGAAAAUCUACCUCGCCUGGGCGUUUGGCUUAUGGGAAGCAUUUAUUGGAUGCAAAGUCUGCAAUCCUUGUUACAUUGUGAACAUCGUCAUGCAUAAUUGUGAUGUAAUGUAGUAGAUGAAGGUAAAACUAAAAACUAAAUAGUAGGCCCUCCGGGGAGAUGACAUUGUUUUUUUCUUAGCUGCGGUCGGUGGCCUCCCACAAGUGACACUUGACUUUUUGAUCUUACAACAACUACUUACUUCCUCCGGAACACCGACUCUAAGAUCGAAGACUGCUGAAGAGGUGGAUAGUACAAUGGCUCGAAAGAACAAUGCGAAAACGUUGGUACAACGAUCGUGGAACGGGUUCACGGGCAUGAUCGAACAAGUUGCGGCGUCUUUGAAACAAACUACGCAGUUCCCAAGCCUGCCGUCCAAAGAAGAUAAUAGAAAUUAAGGCCUUACUAUUAGAAACCCAUGAUGCAUUGACUGAUUACCAUAAUUUUCCAAAAAUAAUGUUUUACUUACGUCUUUUGGUUCAACAACACAUUUUUGAGAUUUAGAUUAUACCUGCAGAAAGAAAGUAUCGUGUCAGCAUUUUCAAACAAGGGAACUAUAUGUUACCGUUUCUGGAACCUUUUUCGAUGAAGGGGCAGCACUACCACUAUGCGUAUGCCCUUCUUGAUCGAGGUAGAUUUCCAGUGCAGUCAGAUUCUAAGAAGUAUCCUGCGAGAAUUUCGUCACCAAGUUGAGCGAAGAUGCAAAGUCAUAUGAGGAAUAUGGUCCAAAGCUGGACCAAAUCAUCCGGACAACUGAUUGCGAGCAUGUGGUUGACCCAGGUAACUUUUAAAGUUUACUUAACUAAUACUAAUAGUAUUACUAACAAGGCAAUGCUUGCUGUAGAAUUAACUAGUGUGGUGCGUGCUGGCUGCAUUGAGAUAGAGAUCGAGAAAGAUCAUGGGAUGUAGGUAGCGAACGCCAUGGGUAGUAGGUAGCGAACACCAAAAGAGCCGCCAGGCCGGUCUAGCAGAGGACUACUGAUCGCGUGCGAAAUUGAGUAGGGUCGGUCUGGUCGUGGGGUGGGAAUGCCACAUGCGGCGUUUCAAAAUUAGCGCGUAAGAGGACAGAGCAACGCACUCGCUGAAGAAAAUGGAAACAAAGGGCACGCGCCCGGAAAACACCCGGCGAAGAAAGUGCAAAAGGAUGGAGCACGCCUGUCGGCCCUGUUAUUCUGUGGCGUGAGUUCAGUAUGGCGCAGCGCGCGCCUUCGCCUUGGCCUUCGCUUUGCCUUUGGCUUCCCCCGCGGCCUUUUUUGCCCUUGUCUUUCCCAUCUUCAGCACCUCCUUCGCCUGGUGCUCCGUUUGCAGCAAGAACAGCGCCAGGAGGAAGCUCUCCUUCUUGACCCGCAACACCAGCAACAGCAUCACCCGGGAAAGGGGGGCGGGUACUUCCUACACCGUUGCAACAGCAUGGGAGUCAGCCGUCGGCGCUGGUGUUGUGGAAUGGUGGAAGCGGCGCGCCUCCUCUGCAAAGAGCCGGCAACCACAAAGCGGACACUGAACAGGCGCCCAAUCAAUAGCAAGCAGCGCGCUCCCUUCGGAUGGCAGGCACAUAGCCCGCCCCAUCGGUUGCCCAUCUGCGAGACAUGUGGCCGGCUGCAAGUAUUGCGAGUAGCAUCGCCCAAAUCGAACCAGAAGUCUCCACAUGUGAGACACGCACGCAGCCCAAGGCCUUGAAGAUGCGCCAUCUUCUUCCUCUUGGUUGUUGUUGUUCAUCUUCUUGACUGUGAAAGCACACGGAGAGAGACCAGACAACUAUCACUACGAUAGGGCGCGGCCCUCUUGCAAGGUAGACCGGUGCGCACUCUUCUACGCUCUGUGUCUCUUGUCGAUCAUGGUCCAAAAGCUGACAACUUCCAUGGGAGAGCGGCGCGCGGUGAUGUUCAAAAGUCGCGACAUCCCGAACACCAUCAAGGAGGAGCGCUUGCAGUGAGUGCGAAGGUGUGCGCGCACUUUGCGGAGUUCGACGGUGAAGAGGUUGGAAAAAGGUGCCAACUUGUAAGGGGGUCACAAAGGGGGGGAGAAAUCAUAAGGGGUCGCCUGCUUCAUAAGGGGGGCUGUAAGGGUGUCGCAAGGGUCUCAAAGGGUAUCGCAGCUUUGUUAUUAAUUAUAUAUAUUAAUUAUAAAACUUGUUUGUAGAAGGGGAAAGGAAAAAGAUUUGAUGAAAAGUCUUGAUUUACAGCAUUCUUUCGUUCUUGGUCUGAAGACGGAAUGAUAUGCACUUUCUGGCGUACGCGUAGUAUGUUACGCUUUGCAUCUUCGAACUCUUGUUUCGAGAUCGUUCCUUGGGUCUUGGUGGAACGAAAACUACAAUGAGCAAGAGACUUCCAGCUCAACUACGAAAAUAUUUUGCUCUACGAUUUUUUUGACCGUACUGAUAUUUUAAACUACGAUUUUUUUGAUGCAUAGCGUUGUGGUUAGAAGGCGCUUUUGUCAUUUUUUUCGUCUUCUUGUUUUUAGCGACUGACAACCAGCUGACAAGCACAAGCUUAACAAGAUGGAAGCUUCGCAAAUAAGCCAAAGUCGUGCCCCCUUGCGUCAAGGAAUUUUUCUGGCUAGAUGAAGGUGGAGGUAUGCUUUAGUAUGAAUUAAUCAAAGUUAGCCAUUGUUUCAAAUCAUGUGAAUUUUUUUUGACUAUCUAAGGUUUACUCGCUUAAUCAAAGUUAACCUUGUUACCCAGUUCUUAGUGCAUACUGUUAUUAUGAAUUAUUACGAAGACCGUCCACCUAUGAAAUCGCUGCGGGCUUUGUCACUCGGUUGCCCUUGAAGUUGGAAAGCUGUGGCAGUUACUGCGACGAGCCUCGGGCGGAACUUACUGCGACAAGUCUCAGCCUUUUUUUGCUGGGACUAGUCGCAGACCUCCUGCUACUAGUCUCAGCCUUAUCCUGACUAGUCUCAGUUUUGCUGUGACUAGUUUCAGACCUACUGCAACUAGCUUCAAACUUACUGCGACUAGUCUCAAGCUUGCCGGACUAGUCUCGCGCUCGCUGUAACUAGUCUCCAGCCUGCUGCCUUUUCUGAUGGUGUUAAGAUUCUAACAGCCUGACAAACAAACUCAGCCAGAGACUAGCCGCAUUGCUUGGGUUUGAGACUAGUCACAGUAAGUCUGAGGCUAGUCGCAGUAAUUCUGAGGCUAUCCCGGUAAGCUUGAGACUGGUCACAGUGGGCGCGAGACUAGUCGCAGAUUGUCUGAGACUAGUCGCAGGAUGUAAGUUCGAAGCUUACUAGUCACAGUGAAGAUGAAACUAGUACUAAUCACCGCAAUUCUGAGACUAGUCACAGCAAUUGCCAAAACUCCCACAACUCGGGCGCAGCGAACUCGUCACAACUUCCACAGCUUCGAAAUAAUAAAGAUAGGCUCUAUCUCAGGUGUUUGGUCUUUCUAAAAUUAAUCCAGUAGUUUUAUUAGCGGAAUUGCUACUACUGCUAGUACUACAGCAAAGAUCUUCUUCUACAACGUCAUCAAUCUUCUUCACAUCUACUGCAGAUGCUGUUCCUGUGGUCAUCUGGAAGGGCUUCGACAACGUUAAAGCAAAAUCGUUGGAGGAAGCACUCUUUUUCCGUUUCGUGAUGAAGGACCCGAAUGACUGCGCGAAGGCCAUUGCCGUUAAGACUUGACGCUUUAGAUUGAUUUUGGAGUUGAUGGAUUUUCGUUUGAAAUACGCAUUAUAUAGACACUCAUUAUAUAUUUACUAGCUUGGAGCGCCCGAUAACAUCCCUCCCACUAGGAUCCCCCUCCUCCCCAAAAUAAGAAACUAAGCAAGGCAACGACGUAAGCGAUACGCGUUGCCAAAUUUCGAAAAUUUUCCACGUUUUGCCAUCGUUUGGGGAUUGGGUCUCGUGUGUUUGAAGUCGGGCUAAGAUCCCAAAGCUUUUCGACUUUCAGCCCUUUCGCUGGAAUUUAAUGCCUUGGCUUCGCGUUUUUCAAAUUUCGAAAAUUCUCCGCGUUUUGUCGUCGUUUUGGGGUUGAAUUUUGUGCGUUUGAAGUGCUAAGAUCCCAAAAUUUUUGAUUUUAAGCCCUUUCCCUGAGGUUCAAUCUCUUGGCUUCGCGUUUUUCCAAUUUCGACAAUUUUCCACGUUUUUCGUCGUUUUGGGGUUGAAUUCGGUGCGUUUGAAGUGCUAAGAUCCCAAAGUUUUUGAUUUUAAGCUCUUUCCCUGAGAUUCAUUCUCUUGGCUUCGCGUUUUUCCAAUUUCGAUAAUUUUCCACGUUUUUCGUCGUUUCGGGAGUGAAUCCCGUGAGUUUGAAGCGAUAAGAUCCCAAAACUUUUGAUUUUAAGCCCUUUCCCCCGAAAUUCAAUGCCUUGGCUUCGCGUUUUUCAAAUUUGGAAAAUUUUCCCCAUUUUGUCGCCGUUUUGAGAUUGAGUCGCGUGAGUUUGAAGCGUUAAAUAAGAUCCCAAAACUUUUGAUUUUAAGCCCUCUCCCUGAGAUUCAAUCUCUUGGCGUCGCGUUUUUCAAAUUUCGAAAGCUUUCAACUUUUUUCGUCAUUUUGAGAGUGAGUCCGUUGAUUUUGAAGGGCUAAGAUCCUAAAAUUUUUGAUUUUAGGCCCUUUCUCUGAAAUUUAACUCCUUGGAUUCGCGUUUUUCAAAUUUCGAAAAUUUUCCCCGUUUUGUCGUCGUUUUGAGAUUGAGUCUCGUGGGUUUGAAGCGUUAAGAUCCUAAAAUUUUUGAUUUUAAGCCCUUUCCCCCGAAAUUCAAUCCCAUGGUUUCUUGGUUUCCUGGUUUCCUGGUUAUUUCCUGGUUUCUUGGAUGGUUUCCUGGUUUCAGGGUUUCAUGGUUUCGCGGUUUCCUGGUUUCCUGGUUUCCUGGUUUCCUGGGUUCCUGGGUUCCUGGGUUCUUGGGUUCCUGGGUUCCUGGGUUCCUGGGUUCGUGGGUUCAUGGGUUCAUGGGUUCAUGGGUUCGGGGUUUGUUUGUUUUUGUGUCGGAGGUUUUGGGUUCGGGUGUUGGAGGUUUUGGGUUUGGGUGUUGGAGGUUGAGGUUUCCGAAGGGAUGUGUUUGCAAAGUUUUAUUGCUCUUAAUAUUGGCUCCCAUUUGCCUCGUCUCGUUCAUCCAGUUUUUUUAUUACUAAAAUCAACCCUGCACCUGCUGCUUAUUUUGUUUUUUAUAUUUUCAUUUUGAUUUUCGGCCGACUUCUACUCGUAAAUCCUACCUCCUGAUCUUGGUCUAGAAUAUGAUCUAGACUCAGUAGAUUUUUUACAUUGACAUCAAGCAGCAGGAAGAUCAUGAACAUUGGACGACUACAUAUGAAAGCAGGUACUUACGUCGGAAGGGGCACACACGUGAUUUUUAGACUAAGUAGUAAUCGUCGACCUCUGUAGUGUUGACGUCGAGCACUCCUUCAACAAAAUACUAUUCACAUUAAGGAUGACGAACUCUAAAAAGUAGCCGAAAGAUAAACACCUAAAGGGCGAAAUUGGGAACCUGCAUCCGGUAUGUAUCUACGAUGUGGACGAUGUUUCCGGCGGCGAAAACGCACCAAAGCUUAAGACCUGCUGCUCUAGCACUUCUAUUUACAGCAACAUGAAGAUUGCACUUCUUCCAUGCUUCCACGUUUUUGAGGAACUACGUUGCUUGGCACUCGAGAAGAAGAAGAAGAAGAAUAAGAUGUAGAUGACGUAGAGGUGGACCAUCAUGAUGAAUGAAGCCGAAGAUCAUGAUCCUCUUCUUGAUAGAUGAUGUAGUCAUAUAAAAAUCGUGGUCGAUGAAGUCUCUAAUUUUUCGGAGCCGACCAAAGUAAAUGAAUAUACGGAGGAGUUCAAGAAGACGGCAGGGCCUGUGAAUGAUAUGCCGCACCCGAAGCAACCCGAGGGCUUUCAAGGUGCGGCGAUGCUCGAACCCUCGAUGCAGUCCAGUCCUAUUAAGGACAGAAUGCGUGUGUGUGUGUGUGUGUGUGUUAAAUAGCCGACUUAUUUACUUGCUUCUCUGUCGACAACGACAGUUUUCCUUUGUACGUGUAGAGUCACUCAAGUGAAGGAGCGUAGUUCGCAAGGAGAAGAAAAGGUAAGGAUUUGUAAGAAGACGCGGCAUGAUCAUGAUCAUGCCUGUGGUACAGAGAUCAUUACAAGUGUUCAUUUGAAGUGAUGACCUCAGGUUCAGGUCGAUGGGUGUUCGGGACUGACUUGGCGGUUGGCUUCUCUGAGCGGGUUGAUCCUUUUUCUAUGAUGAUACAGUACGAGUUUUUCUGAACUUGUUGGUUCUUCUUCUUUGAUACUUUCUGCACUCUUCAGGGUCUGAAUUUUGGGGCUUCGAACUCGUGUAAAGGCCAUCUUCUGACGGCCUCUGCGCCAUUCCGACCGAAUGAGCGGAUUUUUGUGUACAAGAAAUAGCAUUUCUGUGUGAAAUAAAAGUAAGCGAUUGAAGGCGGCUCCUCGUCCUUGUCAGAGUUUACGAAUUGGGAGCGUGUGCCUUCGUGCUUUUAAUUUUCCCAGCCCCUUCCCUUCCCUGCUCAUUUUUUUGUUCCUCAGACAACCACACUGGAAGCAGUUUACAUGAGGGGGACCCUUGGUGACACGAUAUCAAAACCAGCUACUUCUUCUAGUGCCUCUGCCUGCAGCUUCCUUGUGCUUUUUUCUCACUAAUCUUCUUGUGGAAACGAUUGCGGUACAGGUGCCGCAAGACAGUGCCGGUAGUGAUGAUGCUCCGCAUGGUCCGCAAGCCUGGAACGAAAAGUGGAUGACGAGACUGCGCAAGCUGUGGAAAGGACAGUUACGCAAGGUUUCAAUGCGUCGUAUUCUAUCCUAUCUGAAUGUCGUUCCCAGACAGGUUAAUCAAUUGUAUUCAGUUCCAAAACCACUCGCACACCAAAACCAAUGCAAAUAUUAACAACUACCUGAUGAUCUACGGGGUACUCAUCUCUUGAUGCGUCAGUCACCUUUGUUGUCUCAACAUCUAGAAAGGGGGGCAAGGUAUAUGCUUGUGUAGGGACACGACCGGGCACGGCAACCUGUUUCAUCUUUUCAACAUGCGACCACGUAAGUAAUAAGUACAACAAAAGGAUAAUGGCGCUCAUGGAGUUGUUCUUUUCACGAAAUAGAACUCAACUUGCUCUGAAACAUAGAUGUCAGAUGAGAUAUUAGCACCAAAUCUUUUAGGUGGGCUAAUAGAAAUACUGAAGAAAUUUGAAAUGGAAAAAUAAUGUUCAUUUUUUGCUUUCUGAGGCCACUAAAAAGUGCAGGAGAAGCUGCAAGGCGACCACCGUACUCUAGACAAAAAAAGAGUAGGAAGUCGUUUUCCAGUGGGACGAUUCACCCCCUUUUUUUUCCGACGUCAUUGAUUUCGUUCUUGUUUUUCGUUGAUUCUGUACCUACUGUUGUAACUGUAUGUAGUACGUGAUUGAGCACUGACUUGUUGAGUUAACUAAGAUGAAGAAAAAGUAAAAAAGCAUCAGGAGCAUUAUAAUGUUACAACCUCCACGCAGGACGAAACACCCCUCUAAUGCCAGACGUGAACUUUCGCAUCUUGCAGAAUCUGUUCUACUCGAACAUGAAAGAGUUCGAGUAUCUGGUUCCCGUAAUGGCUCGCGCAAUUGAGGUUCCCUCUGGCGAAGCUUAUGGCACUUGGAUCCUCAAUCCUUUUUUACUUCUACACUUGUUGGUUUUUAAUUUCUUGAAUGUUAGCUAGCUUGAGGUUGAGCAAGCGCAAUUCUUUGUUUGUCACAAUAAGUAAUCUAUUGAUGCACAUCAUGUAGUAAGUUUUUCAUACACCUCAGGAUGAGUACCAAAAAAAAGUACGCUAACUACUCUUUAAUAUCAGCGGCCGUUGGCAUUUAGCAGUCAGACGUACACCUGCUUCAAGCUCUUGUCCAAGUUAGUUGUCGCGUUAGUACGCACAACUGGAUGAAGUAUUCUCUAUCGUGAUGGUUUUGUUUAGAAAAAGAGAAUUAUCGAUCUUGAUCUUAAUCAUCUUCUAAACCUCUGGGAACACGUUGAUGGACGACGACGGCGUUAAGAAAGCGUUGCAGACGCCGUUUCCGGAUGAAAAACGCGACUCGGCCCGAAUGAAAUUCUUGUCCGAACAUUAUGACUGGUUCUUUUCCGUUUCCAUACCAUAUUAGGAAGUUCGUGUCUUGAUAUUGUGGCCCUCCGAGUUCGAACGGCGUUCGUUUAUCUGUUUACUAGGUGGUGGACUCCUUUCAAUUUGAAUCCCGAUACUGUCUCGUGUAGACGUGGAGUGUCCCUAUUCCACGGCACUGUCUCUUGUGGACGUGGAGCAUCAUCCUGUAUCUUUUAAUAUUGAGAUAUUAUUUGGCGCAGAAUCCAUAACCAUAUCUAUACCGCUAAAAAGAGUUCGCUUUGCUUGACGAUUGGAGAGAGUUCGCUGAGGGGCCUAAAGGGUGGAACCUUUGGUUUAUGCUUUCAGUUUUUUUAUAAUGCUGAUAGAUUCAUUCUGCAUCUGUGGUCGUGAAGGUAGUUGACACUCAUCUCCUUUGACGGCUCAAAUUGAAGAAAGUUAUAAAAAUUGUCAACAAGAAGUUAGAACAAGCGCAAAGAACUGAACAAGAUGUUUAGCUCUGGUUUCUUUGUUUUGACUCAUUAAGUGCUUCUAUCUUCAUAUUGGAGCUCCUGAGAAAACCAGAAACAACUACAAUAAAGAUGUUGUAAUUGGAAUCCCAGGAGCUCCAAUAUGAAGAUAGAAGUACUUAGGCAAACGCAAAAAGAUGAAGUUGUUCCGACUUAGUUGAACUGCUCGCAUUCUCUUUAUGUACAUGUUGUAGUUUAUCAUGAAGGGAAUGUGGCAAAUGUCAUUAUUUUAUGCAUAUUUUUCAUCCGUGGCAUCACCAUCAUCUUCAUCAGCUCGUCCGGAUGAUAAAAUGGUUCAGUUCUUCAUCUUGAUGGAUUAUUUCAAGCGACACGAAGGAAUGUGUACAAGGAACCUAGAGAGGAAGUAGCUAGAACAACUACGUACGACUAGUUUCUCUUUGUCCUGCCUCUAAAAAUUGGCAUCAUCUUAUUCCGAAAUGGAGCAUGUUGCUAUUUGAUAAAAUUCAAAAGCAGGAUGGUGCUGCGGUUGUGCGUAACUUCCUGCCGUUAUCGCCUUCUAUCAGUUCUGCUGAACGCGCGGCCUCGCUUGCAGUGCAUCCAGGACUGGAUAAGAGUUCGUUAAGAAAGUGUGAAAGUAGUAGAGCAUCGGUCAAUAUUUGUUGUCUUAGCCUUCCCUGUGAGUGUCAUCGGCUUAAUGAUCUGGUCUUUUCAACUUUCCAUGAUACUGUUGCUAUGUACGCUUUUGUUUUUGGAGGAAUACAAAUAUGUAAGCGAUAGUACUUCUUAUCAAGAACGACCAACGUUGACAGUGAGAUUAUUAUUGAGAGUAAGUUCGUGUUCGUUACAUCAUAACCUUACAGCCAUACGCAUACCGAUAGAUGAUGACACCGCACAAGACAUAGAAAUUGAUAGCCCGUACUUGAUUAUAGCACUAGCCGACAUAAAAGACCACCACCACAAGGACAACCGCGCCCGCUCGUUUCCGUGUAUAACUCCGAUCGGGAUCGGCUACCUCUUGUUAUAAUAACUAAAUACUUAUCUGAUCCUAUCCCUAUGCGUAAGCCUAUGCUGAUGUGAACAAUAUUACGUCAACAAGAACCACCCCCCUCUAAUGCACAAUCACGUGAACAGCCAGCAGUUGGUUACUUCCGUCUAUGGUACUCGUGCAUUCCAAUCCAAUCAUUGCUAUUCUGCGAUUUGGCCGCUGCAGUACGAGAAAGUAGAGCAGGGGGAGGCGGAAGCCGACGCGCUUAUGAGCGCUGAUAUUUUUGAAUAGACUUGUAUGCAAAGCGUAAGCUGAAGCUGCAACUCAAAAUUUUGAGCGGAAAAAUGCCGAGCGUACUCCUUAAUUGAAUCUACCAUAUCGUAUAUCACAAACUACCAUGAAGCGACAAUGGUUCCAUCCAUUCCAAACUACCACAAGAAGGUGAGUGAGUCAUAUCGUACAAAUCGAUCACAAAGGUCGUUAAGAUAAAGAUUCAUUGAGACCUUUACCUUUUUUCACGACUCUUUUCACGGCACUAUCGAUGAAUGUGUCUAAAAAAUGUUGAUGGAUGAGGAUGUGGAUGAGCGAAACACAGAAAUAUUAGAGUCGUCAGUUUUAUAGCCAGACUCAGUUUCAGAUCAACAAGAUAUCAAUACUAGCAUCUUUAAGACCACCAAGGAGACAUUCGAACUCAAGCCGACAGGCGACGCAAAGAAACUCUCCGGGAUCCGCAUCUUCUUUCCGGAAUUUAGGGCAACGAUAUUAAAUGCAGAAAAUCGUGAAUUCACUUCGACCCACCUCAUAUUGUGUAUGAUCUAUGUAUAAUGUUGCAUUUCAUCUCGUCUUCACUCCUUCACAUUCACAAGAAACAGCAAACUCAGCGCAGUUCUCUCCUGUCCUUCGUCCUUCUGGCACUUAUCACACACUUAAGUCGUUUAUAGUGCUGGCUGCAUUCAGUUUUUGACUCUGUUUUUGUUAGGAUUCUAUGGCAGCGCCUUUGUUGUCGCUGUAAGUUUUAGAGGAGCUCGCUAUGAUGAUUAUCUCCUACUUCGCGUUUCGUGUAUCGUUUUUUUUUUACAAGAAGUACUACCGUAACCGUAAUUAGACACAGUUUUCUUGACGGAAACGAUAACGAACGAGGUCGCAAUCAAGUAGGUACCUCAUAAGAGAAUAGCGACGCUUUUAGUAAAGUAUUACUAUUCUUGCCUUUUCAUGAUGAUACUAUGCCUCUGUCGUGGUGAUUGUCCUCCAGCUACUGGCGCUCCUUCAACAGCUACUAGUGGUAGUGCUAGAUUCUAAACCAGCCCGCCGCAUGACCCGCUCUCGGCCAUCAAUUAGUGGCUAGUAGGUCGGGGCAACUAGAUCCCCAUCCACUUUCUAAGAAAAUUUGCGAUCCUUACGGCACGGAAAAGAACCAAAUGAAGGAGGAAUUUAAUGCUGCCGCUAACGAAAAAGCCCAACAGGAGGUGCUAGAUAAGUGUCAGCCAAAAGCUUACGUCACGCCGAUCCGUGCGAUUGACGAGAGCGGGUUUUUGCGCAUGAAUGGUCCCAGCGGCAGCGCCGGCGAUAUGAUGCAGUUCGUUCACGUUUAAGGGCUGAUCAUGAAAAAGAACAUGUGGAUGAUGUUUUUUAUUUCUGACAAAUGGCUGGGGCUGCGUCGACUGUAGCCGUGCGCUUCGGUAUCUUGCUUUUGCUAGAAGCAGUUGCUUAAUACUAGCACACUUCUGACUUCUAAAAACUGUUCGGGAAUGCCCAGACUGCUGACGAACUGGCAACGAUGCGGCUUCACAUGGUCGCCAAUUUUGCUUACACCGGCGCGCAUUCUUUCAUCGAGAUCUUACUCGGAUCCGAGGCCGAGUUCCAAGAUAAAGAUCCAAAGUUCCAGAUGCGCACUAUUCUGGAGCACCUUCAAAACCCGGCCAGUCGCGCCUCUGGCAUCAUCAGCGGAUUGAGGUUAAGGAGUAGACUUAUUCAAAAUUCGUAGAUGAAACAAGUUGUGUCUAUCUACCUUUUCCCCACCAGUUUUUAAAUAAAAAACUGAAAGGGUUUCUAUUUUUAGCAACAAGGUGGAAGGAUACUUCGACUUCGAGCGACUUCAACACGGGCAACAUCUACUUGAUCUUCGUUUCUUUUCUUAUUCUUUAUCCUUGUUAUAUACAGAAAGUUCCUCAUCUUCCUCUUCCCUCUGCUACUUCUAAAAGUGGAGAAUCCAGAGCAACUGUACAAGAGUGUGGCGUAUCUUUGGGACUGGUUCCAUAAUGCAGAAGCGAUGACGAACCUCGAGAAGGCGCCCGAGGGCGUCAACAUGGAUACUCUGGUUAAGGAACCUUUUUCAUUGUCGAGUAGGCACAAUUGCUGGCCUAGAUAGUCUUUUUCAUUUUGCUUCCACUUCCUUGAGUUUUCUUAAACUUACUUCCACAUCAAAAGCCAAUGGAGGAAUAAAUUAUAUACGUAAGUGGGACCUCUGACUGUACAAGAACAACAAGUUGAGGACAUUUUUGACGUCCUGCUCGAGAAAAAUUCAUCGUCUUCAUCGUGACUCAAGAGCAAGUAAGAACUAUUCUUAGUCUUCGCGACAUCCUCAGACUGAGCAGCUACAAAAGACAUGGUUUUGCUUACAGCAAAAGUAUAAACUGCUGCUCUAACCUGGCGGAUGAAUAUAAAAUUCCGGAGGAGCACAAGAGGAUCCACGAACAGUUCGUGAUGCUUGCCCGUGAAGUCGCUUUGGCGUUCGUACCUGAGUCGCUCAGGCUCAAGUCAGCUGUUUCUGGAGUUGCAGACACCAGCGCACCAGCGAUUAAGGCUCUUCUUUCUAAUGAUUCAUGUUCAUAUCCAACUCAACUCCUAUCCUAUCCUUCUGUCUUCUCCUUUCGUUCUUACUAGAAACAAAAAGCAUAAGCAUCUUCUACUUGAGCUUGAUUAUGUGAGGGCUUGUCUGACUGUCUCCCUCAGGCUGAGGAGAAAACUUGUUAAUCAACCGCUAACAUCAGUGCGAGCGGAGCAGCA